GGCGAGGCGAGGGGACCGGGGAGCAGUCCGGCGUCCACACCGCGGCGGGGAGCCUCUCUCUACACUGACCUGGGAUCUGAUCAUGUGAACUCCCGCUGCACUUCUCUGACCUCCUGCGCUCAUCAGGCUGAGCAGUCCUCCACGUGUCUGUCACGGUGUUGUUUUUGUCCGUUGAGGAGUCGACUGGGAUGAAAACAUGCCAAUCUUGGAGAAAGAGACGAGCAGGGACCGAGACAGCCAGGUGCUGCCGAAGGUCCCCGUGCCCCCGCUGAGGCAAACCCUCGACACGUACUUGAAGUGCGUCCAACACCUGAUCAAGGAGGAGCAGUUUAAGAAGACGAAGGCCAUCGUGGAGAAGUUCGGAGCCCCCGGAGGGGUCGGAGAGCUUCUACAGAAGAAGCUUUUAGAGAGGAGGGACAAGACGACCAACUGGGUGUACGACUACUGGCUGGAGGACAUGUACUUGAGCAACAGGCUGGCUCUGCCAGUCAACUCCAGUCCUGUCAUGGUCUUUCCUAAGCAGACGUUCAGGAAUCAUAAUGAUGUCCGUGGAUUCGCAGCUCGCCUCAUCAGAGGAGUGUUGGACUAUAAGGCCCUCGUCGACGCGCGAGCACUGCCGGUGGAUUUUGCUCGGGGCCAGCUAGCCGGGCCCCCUCUGUGCAUGGAGCAGUACUACCGCCUCUUCAGCUCCUACAGAUACCCGGGGCUGAAGACAGACACGCUGAAGGUCCAGACGAGCGCGGCCUCCUCGGCGCCGGAGCACAUCAUAGUGGCGUGCAAGAACCAGUUUUUCGUGUUGGAUGUAGUCGCAAACAGCAAGCAGCUCAACGAAACAGAGAUCUUAUCCCAGCUGGAGAAAAUCAUGAAAAUGGCCGACAACGCUGAAGAGAGACUCCCCCCUGUUGGCAUCCUGACAUCGGAUGGGAGGACAGAAUGGGCACAAGCCAGAGAAGUACUAACGAAAGAUCUCACCAACAGGGACUCUCUGGCCCUGAUCGAGAGCUGUUUAUGCGUGGUGUGUCUGGAUGAGCCCUGCGGUCUGGAGCCCAGAGACACCACCAGGGCCCUGCUGAUGCUGCACGGUGGCGGCCGUGAGAAGAACGGGGCGAACCGCUGGUACGACAAGUCGAUGCAGUUUGUCGUAGGAAUGGACGGGGUGUGUGGGGUCGUGUGCGAGCACUCGGCCUUCGAGGGGAUAGUUCUGGUGCAGUGCUCUGAAUACGUGAUGAAAUACAUGACGGGAAGUCCAUCCAAGAUGGUAAGAGCCAGCGUAAGAGAGCUUCCCCCUCCGAGAAGGCUGCUCUGGAAAUGCAACCCGCACAUCCAAGGACUCAUAGCAGCGUCUGGAGACAGACUGCAGAGGCUGGUGAAUAAUCUCGACAUGGAUGUUUUCACGUUCAAAGACUACGGGAAGGAAUUCAUCAAGAAACAGAAGAUGAGUCCAGAUGCGUUCAUACAAGUCGCCUUGCAGCUCACAUUUUACAAGUGCAGGGGAAGGCUCGUGUCCACCUACGAGAGUGCCUCCCUCCGGCGUUUCCAGCAAGGUCGGGUUGAUAACAUUCGCUCUGCCACCCCCGAGGCCCUGGCCUUUGUGAGGGCCAUGACAGACAAGAGGGCCACUUUCACCGAUGCAGAGAAAAGCAAAAGACUGAGGGAUGCAAUUAAUGCCCAGACGAAUUAUACACAUGCUGCUAUUACAGGAAUGGCUAUAGACAAUCAUCUCCUCGGGCUUCUGAGGAUCGCAAAGGAUCUGAACAUGGAGAAGCCCGAGAUCUUCUGUGACGAGACGUAUCUGGCCAGUAACCAGUUCAUCCUUUCCACCAGUCAGGUCCCCACCACAGUGGAAAUGUUCUGCUGUUACGGCCCGGUGGUGCCCAACGGCUACGGCGCCUGUUACAACCCGCAGUCAGACCACAUCAUCUUCUGCGUGUCUAGUUUCUGGGAGAACACAGAGACGAGCUCGGCCGUCUUCGUCAAAGCCCUGAACGAGGGCCUGCAGGAAAUCAGGGACCUGUGCAAUAGAAGCAGCGCCGCGGCUCAUGGCGGCCAGGGAGCCGGCCAGCCUCAUAAAUCAGGGAAGUAAGCCAUACUUAGACUUAGUCUGUAGAUUCAGUAGUUGAGAGGCCUU